CUCGUGCUCUCUCAUCUCUUACCUUGCUUGCCCCACUACCUAUACCUAUAAUCACCUGCAUAUACUCGCCCACCACGGCCCCACGACAGAUCACUCAACAGUGACCCUUGACGCUUCUUGAACGGCCGUACCACCACGCACAGACGUCUCUUGCGCGCAUCAUCGCCCUCCUUUGACACACACCCAGCCCCUUUAGCCCCUCCACGCGUGUUGCAGGACACGGAACACACCCGGACACCGCCCCCCUGAUCCCCGUGUCCGCCAUCAACCCGGACAGCAGCAUGGACCCCAGCAGCCUGUUCCGGACAUCGCGCGAGAAGAAGGAUGGUGCAGCGAUGGCAGCGGCGCAGGCCGAGUUCAACGACAAGAGGCGCAUGUGGCUGCCCGACAAUGCCGCUGGUUUUCUCCCAUGUUGGAUCCGCUCCCAGGAAGGGGACGAGUCGGACCCCGAGGCCAGUGCGGAGGUGCAGGUAGCCACGACGGGGGAGACGAAGAGAGUACCGCUCUGGACACUCAGCCCGAUGAACCCGCCCCAGUUUGAUGGCGUGGAAGAUAUCGCCGACUUGACACAUCUGAAUGAAGCCAGUGUGAUCAACAACCUCAGGACGAGGUAUACUGCUGGUGGCAUCUAUACGUACUCAGGUCUGUUCCUGAUAUCGCUGAAUCCAUAUCGAACACUACCCAUCUACACGCCCAAGAUUGUUGCGCAGUAUCGCUCGAGACGGAGAGAAGAGAAUCCUCCGCAUAUCUUUGCGGUUGCGGAGCGAGCUUGGCAGCAGAUUGGAGAGGAGCGAGAGAGUCAGAGUAUCCUCAUCACUGGUGAAUCCGGCGCCGGUAAGACUGAAAACACCAAAAAGGUCAUUCAAUACCUCGCUUCUAUCGCCACAUCCUCCCUCCCCUCGUCCUCUUCAUCCUCUUCCCUCUCGCAAGCCCCAUCAUCAGGCCUCCCGCGCUCGUCCAGCUUCAAAGGCCAAGAUGAGAUGGACCUCUCCGACCCGUCCCUCGGCCUACUCGAACAGCAGAUCCUGCAAGCCAACCCGAUACUCGAAGCGUUCGGUAAUGCUCAGACGAUGCGCAACAACAAUUCCAGUCGAUUUGGAAAGUUUAUCAGAAUCUUCUUUUCGCCUGCUGGGGCUAUUGCCGGGGCAAAUAUCGACUGGUAUCUGCUGGAGAAGAGUAGGGUGACAGCGAGGGCUACGGGGGAAAGGAAUUUCCACGUCUUUUAUCAACUCUUGGCGGGCGCAAAGGAAGCCAAGCUUGCUGAUCGUCUGCUGCUGGAAGGUGGUGCCGACAAAUUCGACUUUUUGAAAAAGACGAAACUCGAGGUUGACGGCGUCAACGAUCUCGCCGAAUGGCGUUUGCUCAAAGACGCCUUGAAAGUCAUGGGCUUCACCGAAGCAGAGCAAUUUGAGCUCUUCCGUAUCCCCGCCGUCAUCCUUCACAUCGGCAAUCUCAUCCUCACCGGCUCUUCCUCCGACCAAGCAUUCUUACCACCCGACAUGCAGCCUGUCGCCGACAGAAUAUGUCACUUGCUCGGUAUCCCUGUAAAAGAGUUUACAAAAUCGGUGCUCAACCCCAAAGUCCGCGCUGGUCGAGAGUGGGUGACGAAUGCGAGGACAAAGAAGCAGGCAGAGGAUGAGCUGGGAGCGUUGUGCAAGUUUAUGUACGAAAAGACGUUUGGGUGGAUGGUGGAUAGGAUCAACCAGGCGCUCGAUAGACCGAGUCAGAAGGCGCUCAGUAUUGGAGUCCUGGAUAUUGCUGGUUUCGAGAUCUUUGAGGAGAAUAGCUAUGAGCAGCUGCUUAUCAACUUUACCAACGAAAAGCUUCAGCAGUUCUUCAACUUUCACAUGUUCACUCUCGAGCAAGAAGAGUAUGCCCGAGAAGGUAUUCAAUGGGACUAUGUCAACUUUGGUCUCGACCUUCAACCCACUAUCGAGCUCAUCGAGUCUUCCCAACCCGUCGGUAUCCUCUCCCUCCUCGACGAAGAGUGUAUCAUGCCCAAAGCCACCGAUCUCACAUUUACCGAAAAAGUGCAAGCACAGUGGGAGAUCCCCCGAGGCGGCAAGUCGGAGAACCGACAUCUCGGGUGUGCCAAAUUCAAGGCUACGCGCUUUGGUGCAGGCUUUGUCGUCAAGCACUAUGCUGGAGACGUCGAGUACCGCACGUCCGGCUGGCUCGAGAAGAACAAAGACCCGAUCAACGAUGCCGUCGCCCGGCUGUUGUCUGCUUCCGACAUUCCUUCUAUCGCCACCCUCUUUGCUGAAUAUGCCGAAGACACUUCUGCUUCUGUCGGGGUGGUCAAAAAGGUUAGGCGGGGUGCGUUCCGAACAGUCGGUCAGCGCCACAAAGAACAGCUCGGCCAGCUCAUGCAGCAGCUCAACUCGACGCAACCGCAUUUCGUCCGUUGUAUCGUGCCGAACCCCCAAAAAACGCCGGGCAAGGUGGACGUUAAUCUCGUGCUGGAUCAGCUGAGGUGUAAUGGUGUUUUGGAAGGAAUCCGAAUUGCGAGGUUGGGUUACCCUAAUCGGCAUUCGUUUGCCGAGUUUAGGCAGAGGUACGAGGUGCUCACACCUGGUGUUAUCCCUGCCGGCUAUAUUGACGGACGUAAAGCCGCCGAACGUAUUGCCGAGGCUCUCGAGCUCGAUGAAGACUUUUACAAGAUCGGAGCUACUAAGAUCUUUUUCAGAGCUGGUGUCCUCGCCGAAUUGGAAGAACGCCGCGAUAACUGUUUGCACGACAUCUUCCAGCGUCUGCAGUCUGCUGCCCGGAUGCAUAUCGCCAGGCGGAGGAUCUUGAAAUUGAUCAACCGCGCCCAGGCUGUACGUACGAUCCAGCGUAAUGCGCGGGCGUACCUGGAGCUCCGGGACUGGCCAUGGUGGGGUCUGUAUGUCAAGGUCCGUCCUUUGCUGGCUGCUACCCGCGUCGACGACGAGCUCGGCAAGAAGCGCGCCGAGCUUUUGUUGGCUAAAGAACGAGCCGAGAGGGAUGAAGCUGAGCGAAAGAGGUUGGAAGACCUCAGAGCUGGGCUUGUGGGAGAGAAGGAAAAGGUGGAGAGGGACCUUGAGGCUGAGCGCGAGCUGGCGAGAGAGAAGGAUGCGAUGCUCGCGAGAUCGAAAGGCCGGGAAGCAGAGUUGCUCGAAAAGAUUGAGGAGCUGGAGAAAGAUAUCGAACUUCUGGAUCAAGAGCGCGAGAGAGCAGUCACAGCAGCGAACAAGGUCAAGGAAAAGCUCGCUCUCGUGCAAGGCAACUUUGAGGCCCUGACGGAACAGGCGGCGAUGCUGGAAAAGCAAGGCUCUGACUGGCAGAAGCGCGAGGCAGACUUGUUGAAAGACUCAAAGGAGAGGUCGGGGUCGCUCGCGCAAGUGGAGAAGGAGAGGAAAGCGUUGGAGGCCAAGGUGGAAGAGUUGAAGAGGGAGGUGGGGACGAAGGAGGAUGGGAUGAAGAGGUUGAAGGAGAGGUUUGAAGCUAGUGGGGUGGAGAUGGAGAAGAGGUUGGCGUAUGAGAAGACCAAGGCUCAAUCCGGCAACGAUCAAGUCUCAGCAUUGACGGACGACUUGCGCAAGGCCAAAUCUCAGUUGGCCGAAUUCCAACAGACUAUCAAGACUCACGAAUCGACCAUCGCCUCCAAAACCCGAGACAUCUCCACUCUCGAGUCUCACAAGACGGCCUCUGCUAAAGCCCAGGAAGCUGCCGAUAAGGUCAAGACUGAGCUUGCCGUCCAAAUUGACAGUCUCACCUCCGAACUCGCUGCGCGCGAAAAGGAAAGGGCCAAGGAGGCGUCCGCAAGGGGCAAGGUCGAGCAAGAACUUGAUGGCUUGAGAAGUCUUAUGGCCACCAAGACGAGCGAGGACGAACAGCGUCGUGAGGUCGACAAGUCUCGCGACCAAGAGAUGUCUCGACUCCGAGAACAGGCCGCCCAACUCCAAAAGACCCUCGACGAUCAGCGCGAAACUGCUUUGCAGCUUGCCAACAAGCUUCGUGUUGAUGUGGAAGGCUUGAAGCAGAGUCAUACCAGCGUCCAGCGGGUGCUCAAAGUCAAGAUCAAGGAGUUGGAAGAGAAGGAGAAGGAGGUUGUGGGUGCCAAGGCCAAGGUGGCGCAGGCUGAGAGCGAGCGAAGGAAGGCUGGGGAUGAGCUUGCUAGGUUACAAGAGCAACUCAAGGAUACCGAGAAGAGGCUGCAGGGGACAGUCCAAGCUAGAGACGAUCUUGAGAGCCGACUCCAAUCUUUGCAAGACGAAUAUAACGGCCUUGAAGAUGCUGUGCUCGAAAUUGAAGCCGACAAGGCCAACUGGUCCAAGUCCAUUGAGAAACUCGCCUCUCGAUUGCAAGAAGAGACCAACCAGCGGCAGCACUUUGAGCAAGAGCUCUAUGACCAGCAAGUCGAGCUUUCCGAGAACCGCAACGUCGCCCAGCAGGCCGAACGCGAGCUUGCCAAAGCCGCUUCGGAUAUCAAAGCCCGCGACAAGGAGAUCGAGUAUUUGCGAAGCCGUGAGAACAAGACUGUGGUCGAGCACUACCAUGUCAUGGAAGCUGCCAAAAAGUUCACCGACCAACAGCUCGCUGAGCAAAUCAGCGAAAACAGCCGUCUCAACACGCUUCUAAAGUCGCUCGAGUCGCACCGAAACAGGCUCAAUGCCGAUCUGGAGGAUCUCGCCCGUCAGUAUGACCAGCUGAAGGCUAGCAAGAGCAAAGAAGCUAGGGCGGCGAGGGCAUCGCUGGGCCCCGAGGAUAAGGGUGCUGUCGCGGCUCUCGAAGAUGAGCGCAAGACGAGGCGGGUGCUCGAGUCGAGGAUUGCGGCGAUGGAGAAGGACUUGCAGGAGCAAAAGAAGCAGCUGUCUGCUGCCUCUCUCACCGCCGGCAAACACAGCUCUCUCGAGUCCAAAUUCUCUCGCCUGAAGAACGAGUUCUUGAACCUUGAAGACCUGCACGCAAAUGUGUCGGCAGAGAACGACAAGCUCAAGGGCGAGCUUUCCGAACUUCAAAAACUCUUUGCCAAGUCGGCUGUACCCAACGCUAGCAACCUUCGCCGAGAAGACUUGCUACGCGGCCUCCAACUCAGUCACGACGCUCUUGGAAAGGACAUGUCGGAUCAGCUGCGAAAGCUGACUGAGGCUACCCCUCUGACGCCUAGUAAACGCACAAGCGUCAUCAAUGGCAACGGCACCCCAGCACAAGAAGACCAGGCCGCGGCGAGGAGGAUGAGGACGCUCGAGCAGGAGGUGGAGAGCCUGAAACAACAGUUGGUGGAUGAGCAAGAUGAGAAGGACUUUUUGGUGGAGCAGAUGGAUAAGAUGCAAGAGGAGAGGGGCAACGGUGGUUCAUUCUCUCAUGAUCAAGCUAUGUAUUCGCAUUUCAGAUUAAAGACCAAGGCUUUGAAGUCCCAAUUGGACCACUGGCUCGCGAUGGACGACGCCAAAGCACCUGCCCGAACACAUACUCCAAGAAUCGAAGAUCUCGUCCAAUUGAAACACCUGUUAGCACAACUCGACCCGGAAACGUCGCCUUUGAAGUGAGAACCUGUAGAUUGGAAGAAGGGGUGUGCUGUAGUGGUGCCGCUAGAGGAGCCUGACCGUGAAUACUUAACGACUCGUGACGAAAGUGUCUUGAAGAUGGACGAUAGAUAUACCCGGACGUGGAUAUACCUCAAUUCUGCUAUUACAUAGGGUGCCUGUCUGUAAUGAAUGUGUUGUGUCCCUCA